CGCCGCCGCGCGCUGGCCUCGCGCGAGGCCUCCGAUUGGUCCGUGCGCUCGCGCCGCCGGCACUGGACCAGGAGGGGCUGCGGCAGGAUGUCCCAUCACCUCUGAGCACCACCACCAUGCCCCACGGCAUUCCCAACCCUGCCAGCAUUCCCAACGGCACCAUCCCAACGGCAUUCCCGGCCUGGCAAUGAGCUCCUUCAUCCCCAUCACCGGACCAUGAGCUCCCAUCGCCCGCCACGCCAUGAGGACACCGAUGGCUCCCCAGCACCCUUUUGGGUACCCAAUGGCACCGUGGGCCCAGCACCGGCCCCCCCACAUCCAGGGGGGGAUCCCCCCCGGAUGCUCCCUAUGCCCAAAAUGGGGGUUCGGGCCCGUAUUGCCGAGUGGCCCCCCCAAGAGGGACCCCCCCAAGGAGCCUCUUCGGGAAGCAGCGGGAUGCAGGGAUGCUCCAUGUGUCCGGAAUGCGGCUCCCAUUGGGCAGCAGCAGCCGCCCUUGGUGGGUGUCACGGGCUUUAAGGCCCUACAGCGCCUGGCACGGCGGCGUUCCAAGGAUGUGGAAUUCCAAGAGGGAUGGUUUGGAAGCAAAGGGAAAGGUUGGGCCCCACUGCGGCACCGGAGCAGCAGUGAGGUGACAUUGAGCGAGUGUGAUCCCGAGGAAGCGACGGAGCCUCGCGGAGCCAAACUGGGAGCAGGAGGUGGGAUAUUCCGGGAAUACGGCAGCACCUCCUCCAUUGACAUCCAGGGAAUCUCGGAGCAAAGCUUCUUUGAGAUGCUCAAUGAGUUCCGCACCAAGAAGCCGGAACGACGAGCGGCCAGCCCGGAACGCCUCGGAGAGGCUGCUUUUCCUAUGGGAUCAUCCACCGGGAUCAAAGCGGAUAACAGGAACGGAGCCCGUGAGGAAGCAUUGCCCCAAUGCAAGGAGAAACCACGCCGGAGAUGCCCUAAAGGUGAUGCCAGCACCGAAUCCAUCUUCCGGAAGCUCCGGAGCACCAGGAAUGAUGCGGAGCCGGAAGAGCCGCGGAUGCCGGAGCCAGGCCGGAGCUGGUGGUGCCAGAAGAGCUUUGCCCAUUACGAUGUCCAAAGCAUCUUGUUUGACCUCAAUGCAGUGGCCACCAACCGGGUGCUGGUAGCCCAGCGCCGCAACACCACCACGGGCGCCUCGGCCGCCUCGUCGGGAAUGGGCUCGGAUCCGGCUUUUCCCGGUGCCGAGGAUCCCAAUUCCAAGGAAAACCUGGAGCACGACCUGGGGGACAACACCAGCAAUGAGCUGCUCCUCAGCUGUCCCCAUUUCCGCAAUGAGAUCGGUGGUGCUGGUGAGCGCAACGUCAGCUUCUCCAAAGCUUCCGGAGCUUCUCCCGUGAUCCCGGUAUCCGAUGGGAGCUUCCCGGAGCCCGUCCUGGAUCUCCGGCCCACCAACGCUGCCAUCUCGGUGCUGGAGGUGCCCAAGGAGCUGCAGAGGAACCCCAACCGGCUCAAGCACUACAGUGUGGAGCACGUGGACCUGGGCGCUCGCUACUACCGUGACCACUUCCAUGGCAAAGAGCACUCGAAUUACUUUGGGGUGGAUGAGAAGCUCGGCCCAGUGGCCGUCAGCAUCAAACGGGAGAAGCUGGAGGACCACAAGGACCACGGCCCCCAGUACCAGUACAGGCUCAUCUUCCGCACCAGUGAGCUCAUCACCCUCCGUGGCUCCAUCCUGGAAGAUGCCACCCCCACCACCACCAAGCACGGGACCGUGCGGGGCCUCCCAUUGAAGGAUGCUCUGGAAUACGUCAUUCCCGAGCUCAACAUCCAUUGCCUACGCUUGGCCCUCAGCACCCCCAAGGUCACCGAGCAGCUCCUCAAGCUGGAUGAGCAAGGGCUCUGCCGCAGGCACAAGGUGGGAAUUCUCUACUGCAAAGCCGGGCAGAGCUCGGAGGAGGAGAUGUACAACAACGAGGAGGCCGGAUCCGCCUUUGAGGAAUUCCUCAUGCUCCUGGGAGAGAAGGUUUGCCUCAAGGCCUUCAGCAAGUACGCGGCCCAACUGGACACCAAGACCGAUUCCACCGGGACCCAUUCCCUGUACACCACGUACCAGGACUAUGAGAUCAUGUUCCAUGUAUCCACCAUGCUUCCCUACACUCCCAACAACAGGCAGCAGCUGCUCAGGAAGAGGCACAUUGGGAAUGACAUCGUCACCAUCAUCUUCCAAGAGCCGGGAGCAUUGCCCUUCACCCCACAGAACAUCCGAUCCCACUUCCAGCACGUCUUCAUCAUUGUCCGAGCCCACAAUCCCUGCACGGAGAACGUCUCUUACAGUGUGGCCGUCACCAGAUCCAAGGACGUCCCUUCCUUCGGUCCCCCCAUUCCCAACGGAGUCACCUUCCGCAAAUCCGACGUCUUCCGAGAGUUCCUCUUGGCCAAGGUGAUCAAUGCAGAGAACGCAGCCCACAAAUCAGACAAGUUCCACACCAUGGCCACCAGGACACGCCGGGAAUACCUGAAGGACCUGGCCGAGAACUGGGUCACCAACACUCCCAUUGAUUCCAGUGGGAAGUUCAACCUCAUCUCCUUGGCUUCCAAGAAGAAGGAGAAGACCAAAGCCCGGAUUGGGGCCGAGCAGCACAGUGCUGGGGCCAUCUCCUGGCGUGUUUCCGCCUUGGAUUUCGCCCGUGGAGCUGAGAUCUCUUGUGCAUUGGGAAUCUCCAAUGAGUUCGUGGUCCUCUUGGAUUUGGGGGCCAAAGAGGUGGUCUUCAACUGCUUCUGUGGGGAUGUCAUUGGAUGGACUGCAGAGGCUGCCACCAUUAAGAUCUUCUAUGGCCGAGGGGACCACAUCUUCAUCCGGGCUGGGGAGGGGGGUGCUGAGGACAUCAAGGAGAUCGUGCAGAGGUUGAAGGUGAUGACAGACGGAUGCGACACUGUGGACAUGACCCUACGGAGGAACGGCCUGGGCCAGCUGGGCUUCCACGUCAAGUACGACGGCACCGUGGCCGAGGUGGAGGACUAUGGCUUCGCCUGGCAGGCAGGGCUGCGGCAGGGCAGCCGCCUGGUGGAGAUCUGCAAGGUGGCUGUGGUGACCCUCAGCCACGAGCAGAUGAUCGACCUGCUCCGGACCUCGGUCACUGUCAAGGUGGUCAUCGUGCCGCCCCAUGAGGAUGGUGCUCCGAGGAGGGGCUGGUCGGAGUGUGUGGCCCUGGGCAGCACGGAGCCCAGGGAGGAGCCGGAGCGGGGGGGCUGCCCCCCACGCCCCCCCUACCGCAGCAGUGCCGCCUGGCAAUGGAGCUCCUCAGCCUCCCACAGCACCAGCCUCGGCCCCACAGCGCCCCACGGCCGCCCCGGCAAGCAGGCAGUGCUGCCGCCCCACGGCAAGAGGCCGCUGAGCUUCCCAGAGACACCACAUCCCUCCUCUUCCUCAUCCCCAUCGGAGCGGCCGCAGCCCUACCGGCAGCCAUCGGGAAGCUUCUCAGCCCCAGGCAGCACCUUCACCCGCUAUAAACCAUCCCCAGAGAGGUUUAUGGCAGCAUCAGAGCCACCCGAUGGGGACUCCUCAUCAGGGGGGGUCAGCAGCCACGAGAGCACCAUGGAGCGGCACAACCCGGAGCCCCUUUGGCACGUCCCAGCUCAGCCCCGCUUGCCAACAGGCAGGAGGAGCAGCAAACAGGAGCCGGCCGGGAUGGAUUCUCCCAAGCGGCAUUCCAAGGGUGAAGCGCCGUAUUCCAGCCAUUCCAGCACCACCACCCUCUCCAGCACCGCUUCCAGUGACGAGCGCUGGUUCGACAUUCCCGAUCCCAAUGAUGGCACCGAAUUCCCAGAUCCUUUCCCCAAAGGCAGCUCCAACGACAGCGGCAUUGACACCCCCAAACCCCCCCGCCCCUUAUCCCAAAGGGAUAAGGGCCCCAAAGCCAUAGUGGCUCCAGGGGAUGAUGCCACCCCACCAAGGGGGAUCCAUCACCCCCCAGCACCAGCUACAGGCACAAAGCUGGGACCCCCCCCACAACCCAGCUCCAACCCACGGAUGGGGUAUCCUGGUUAUGGCACCCCCACAACUGAAGCCCCCCGGGGGGGGCCCCAGCUCUCAGCUUCCAUCCCCAAAUCCUUCUUUUCCAAGCAGCCGGUCAGGAAUAAACAAGCCACAGGCUGGAAAAGGGCUGAGGAGAAGCCUGAGCCCCAAAAGCAGGUGGAGGCCACCCCCAAGAACGUCUUUGGGCAGCCCCGGCUCCGGGCAUCGCUGCGGGACCUGCGCUCCCCCCGCCGGACCUACAAGUCCACCAUAGAGGAUGACCUCAAGAAGCUCAUCAUCAUGGACAGCACCAGCCCGGAGCCGGAGCGGGCGCCGACCCCCCCCAAGGGGCUCCAGAGGACCCUAUCAGAUGAGAGCCUCUGUGGUGGGCGCCGGGACCCCAGUUAUCCCAGUGGGAGCCCAGUACUGGAUGCCGAGGGGAGCUUUGGCAGCACGUACCCCUCCAGCACCCUGCCCAACCGGCGCCAGCACCCAGCCACCACCAAUGGGGGGCUCCAUGACAAGAAGGGCCCCAUCUCCGCCUCGGAGCUCUCCCUGCGCCGUGUGGAUCCCGGGAUGAUGCCACUGCCGGACACGGCCACGGGGCUGGAAUGGGCCAGUCUGGUCAAUGCAGCCAAGGCCUAUGAAGUGCAAAGAGCCGUGUCCCUGUUCUCCCUCACGGAGCCUGUGCUGAGCCCUGACCCCCCCCAACCCCCGGAGAGGCCACGGGGGGGUGCCCCCCCCAUCAGCCCCCCCACACCCUUGGACCUCCCUGAGAAGGUGUCGCAGCUCGAGGCCAUGUUAAAGCAGCUCCACAGCGACCUCCAGAAGGAGAAGCAGGACAAGGUGGUUCUCCAGGCGGAAGUGGCCAACCUGCGGCACAACAACCGGCGCCUGCAGCAGGAAUCACACUCGGCCGCGCGGCAGCUCCGGCGCUUUGCCCGCAUCUUCUCCGGCACCGUGGACAAGGAGGAGCUGUGACCCCCUUGGGACUAUGGCAUUCCAUAGGGAACAAUGGUGUUCCAUAGGGAACUGCGGCAUUCCGUAGGGAACAGCGGCAUUCCAUAGGGAA